AAGGGUGGAUGCUUUCAGCUAGGUGGCGGGAAGAUUUUACUCCAGAGCGGCAGAAAGAGGUGGUUAGCUGGCUCGAGGCCUGGGUGCUUUGGGAGUCCGAGCUACGAGAGUCGGACACCGGGGAGUCAGACACCGGAGAGUUGGACUGGGCUCUGGGAUAACUCCUGUUACAGCUCUGAAGGGUAAAGGGUGUGCGCUUCUUGAGCCUUCCCUUUCCUGCUGGAGGGCGAGGCCGGUCUGUUGCGGAUCACUUCCUUUCGCCCAGGAAGAAACUGGAACGUUACUCACUGCUCUGCUCUGAGAACUCCGGCCUUUAGGAGCGCGUUCGCCUACCGACUGGUCAGUUGAGCUCCCCAUUCUUUUCUAUGCAGGAAGCUUGACCACCAAAGCCUGUUUAUUAGCAGCCGCCAUUUGUUGAAAGAAAUUUGGAUCUCCAAUUCAGUCUUAGAAUGGCGUCCGUUUCAGCUCUAACUGAGGAACUGGAUUCUGUAACCAGUGAGCUACAUGCAGUAGAAAUUCAAAUUCAAGAACUUACGGAAAGGCAACAAGAACUUAUUCAGAAAAAAAAAGUCCUAACAAAGAAAAUACAGCAGUGUUUAGAGGAUUCUGAUGCUGGGGCAAGCAACGAAUGUGAUUCUUCACCAGCUGCUUGGAAUAAAGAAGAUUUUCCAUGGUCUGGUAAAGUUAAAGAUGUUCUACAAAAUGUCUUUAAACUGCAGAAGUUCAGACCACUUCAACUUGAAACUAUUAAUGUAACAAUGGCUGGAAAGGAGGUAUUUCUUGUUAUGCCUACAGGAGGUGGAAAGAGCUUAUGCUACCAGUUACCAGCAUUAUGUUUAGAUGGUUUUACACUUGUCAUUUGCCCAUUGAUCUCUCUUAUGGAAGACCAAUUAAUGGUUUUAAAACAAUUAGGAAUUUCGGCAACCAUGCUAAAUGCUUCUAGUUCUAAGGAGCAUGUUAAAUGGGUUCAUGCUGAAAUGGUAAAUAAAAACUCCGAGUUAAAGCUGAUUUAUGUGACUCCAGAGAAAAUUGCAAAAAGCAAAAUGUUUAUGUCCAAACUAGAGAAAGCCUAUGAAGCAAGGAGAUUUACUCGCAUUGCUGUGGAUGAAGUUCACUGCUGUAGUCAGUGGGGACAUGAUUUCAGACCUGAUUAUAAGGCACUAGGCAUCUUAAAGCGGCAGUUCCCUAAUGCAUCACUAAUUGGGCUGACUGCAACUGCAACAAACCACGUUUUGACGGAUGCUCAGAAAAUUUUGUGUGUUGAAAAGUGUUUUACAUUUACAGCUUCUUUUAAUCGGCCAAAUCUGUAUUAUGAGGUUCGGCAGAAGCCCCCAAACACUGAAGAUUUUAUUGAGGAUAUUGUAAAGCUCAUUAAUGGGAGAUACAAAGGGCAAUCAGGGAUCAUAUACUGUUUUUCUCAGAAAGACUCUGAACAAGUUACCGUUAGUUUACAGAAUCUGGGAAUUCAUGCGGGUGCUUACCAUGCCAAUAUGGAACCAGAAGAUAAGACCAAGGUUCAUAGAAAAUGGUCAGCCAAUGAAAUUCAGGUAGUAGUCGCAACUGUUGCAUUUGGUAUGGGAAUUGAUAAGCCAGAUGUGAGGUUUGUUAUCCAUCAUUCAAUGAGUAAAUCCAUGGAAAAUUAUUAUCAAGAGAGUGGACGUGCAGGUCGAGAUGACAUGAAAGCAGACUGCAUUUUGUACUAUGGCUUUGGUGAUAUAUUCAGAAUAAGUUCAAUGGUGGUGAUGGAAAAUGUGGGACAACAGAAGCUUUAUGAGAUGGUGUCAUACUGUCAAAACAUAAGCAAAUGUCGUCGUGUGUUGAUGGCUCAACAUUUUGAUGAAGUAUGGAACUCAGAAGCAUGUAACAAAAUGUGUGAUAAUUGCUGUAAAGACGUUGCAUUUGAAAGAAAGAAUGUAACAGAGUACUGCAGAGAUCUAAUCAAGAUCCUGAAGCAGGCAGAGGAACUGAAUGAAAAACUCACUCCACUGAAACUGAUUGAUUCUUGGAUGGGAAAGGGUGCAGCAAAAUUGAGAGUAGCAGGUGUUGUGGCUCCCAUACUUCCUCGUGAAGACCUGGAGAAAAUUAUUGCACACUUCCUAAUACAGCAGUAUCUUAAAGAAGACUACAGUUUUACAGCUUAUGCUACCAUUUCAUAUUUGAAAAUAGGACCUAAAGCUAAUCUUCUGAACAAUGAGGCACAUGCUAUUACUAUGCAAGUGAUGAAGUCCACACAGAACUCUUUCAGGGUUGAAUCAUCUCAAACUUGUCAAUCUGAACAAGGUGAUAAAAAGAUGGAGGAAAAAAAUUCAGGUAACUUCCAGAAGAAGCCUGCAAACAUGCUUCAGCAAUCUGGCUCUAAGAAUACAGGAGCUAAGAAAAGAAAAAUUGAUGAUGCCUGAAGUGAAUGUUACCAGAUUUUCUAAUUAAAGAUGUUUAUGCAUGUAUACACCAUUA